CACAGCUGCGCGGCGCAGGCGCGGCUACAGCAGCUGUUACUCUGACCGGCAUGGCGGUGUGCGCUCGUCUUUGCGGCGUGGGCCCUUCGCGGGGAUGCCGGCGUCGCCAGCAGCGCCGGGGCCCAGCCGAGACGGCGACGGCAGACAGCGAACCGGACACAGACCCGGAGGAGGAGCGCAUCGAGGCUGGCAUGGUAGUGCUGUGCGGUGGGGGGAGCAGCCGGAGCGCUAGCCCCUCGCCGCCCCCGCGCUGCUCCCUGCUCGAGCUGCCCCCGGAGCUGCUGGUGGAGAUAUUCGCCUCGCUACCAGGCACAGACCUCCCGAGCCUGGCUCAGGUCUGCACCAAGUUCCGUCACAUCCUGCACACUGACACCAUCUGGAGACGGCGCUGUCGGGAGGAGUACGGCGUUUGUGAGAACUUGCGGAAGCUGGAGAUCACGGGUGUCUCUUGUCGAGACGUCUAUGCGAAGUGUAUAAACCCUCGUGUGAAGUCAGGACGUUUCAUGAAAGUUCUUCCCGAUUGUGAGCAGCACAUGGAGUACCGAGAUGUGUACACCUGCCUGCUCCACAGAUACAGACACAUCUUGGGAUUGUGGCAGCCAGAUAUCGGGCCCUACGGAGGACUGCUGAAUGUGGUGGUGGAUGGUUUGUUCAUUAUUGGUUGGAUGUACCUGCCUCCCCAUGACCCUCAUGUGGAUGACCCAAUGCGAUUCAAGCCCUUGUUUAGAAUCCACCUGACGGAGAGGAAAUCACCCACGGUGGAGUGCAUGUAUGGCCACAGAGGGCCCCACAAUGGCCACAUCCAGAUUGUGAAGAAGGACGAGUUCUCCACCAAGUGUAACCAGACGGACCACCACAGGAUGUCUGGUGGGAGGCAAGAGGAGUUCCGAACGUGGCUGAGGGAAGAAUGGGGGCGGACGCUGGAGGACAUUUUCCAUGAGCACAUGCAGGAGCUCAUCCUGAUGAAGUUCAUCUACACCAGUCAGUAUGACAACUGCCUGACCUACCGCCGCAUCUACCUCCCGCCCAGCCACCCAGACGACCUUAUCAGGCCAGGCCUCUUCAAAGGCACCUAUGGCAGCCACGGCCUAGAGAUUGUCAUGCUCAGCUUCCAUGGGAAGCAUGCCAGGGCCACGAAGAUCACAGGUGACCCCAAUAUUCCUGCGGGGCAGCAAACGGUAGAGAUCGACCUCAUGCACCGCAUCCAGCUGCCUAAUGUCGAGAACCUCUGCAACUUCAACGAGCUCUCCCGCAUCGUCCUGGAGGUUCACGAGCAGGUACGCCAGGAGCAGCAGCAGCAAGAAGACAGGACUGAGGACAGCGAGGGUGCCAGGCCACCCACGGAGAAGGUCUGGGAGCCCGGGGACCAAGGGGCUGCAGCUUUGAAGGAGGAGCCUGUCCAGUUUGUUCUGCCUGUGGGUGUGACCUCAAGGAACGAGGACUACCCCCGAACCUGCAGGAUGUGUUUCUACGGUACAGGCCUCAUCGCCGACCAUGGCUUCACCAGCCCCGAGCGCACCCCUGGCGUCUUCAUCCUGUUCGACGAGGACCGCUUCGGGUUCAUCUGGCUGGAGCUGAAAUCCUUCAGCCUGUACAGCAGAGUCCAGGCCAACUUCCGGAACGCGGACGCACCGUCCUCGCAGGCCUUCGAGGAGAUGCUCAAGAACAUUCAGUCCCUGACCUCCUGACGGCCCCUCUCUCUGCUGGGGGCGGCUCCAGACCCUGAGACCUGGGAAGAGCAGCAGCAUGCACUUUUGAGAUUCAACCUUCCGACCAGAACACCCACCUUCUUGGAGGCUUCUCAACCCAGCCACCUGAAAUACUUUCUAUAGAGUGUGUGGCGUAGGCCUGCACAUUUGUCAGUAGCCGAUGGGAAAGCUGAGCCGAGCAUGUCUUAUAACAAAACAAAACAAAAAAAAACAAAGAAUUGGAGAAAUUGAGUUUGUCUUUGACUCACUGACGGUUUUCUAGGGAAAACAAAAUCCUCUUUCAGGGAAGUUCAUGCCAUAACUCAGUCUCUUGAUUGAAGGGGUCCAGUGUGGGGGGUGCCGGCUGUACCCUUUGCUCUGCAGGAACAAAUGGAAGUGGCUGCGGGCCUGUGAGGGCCUUGGCGAGGUGAACUUCUGUGCAGCCUGGGCAGGAAGGGAGGGGCCUAGCCAAUUGGGGGUAUCAGUCUUGGGGCUGAGGACUGAGUUCCCAUUUCUCUUUUUUUUUUUUUUUUGCUUUGUUUUAUUUCUUUUAUGUUUUGUUUUUUGUUGUCUCUUUUUUUCCUUUGUAUUUUUUUCACUUUUUUGUGAGUUCCCAUUUCUCUACUGACUCACUUGGAUUUUGGACAAAAAUUUCACCCCCAUGUCAGUUCCCGAAUCAGGGGAAUGGGCUAGCGGUAUGGGUCACUAGAGAAUGUCACUUCAGGCCUUUGAGCAGCUGGGAGGCCCUGUGAACAGCACCCCCGGUCCUGGUCCCCAGGCAGCACCCAUGUGCUUGCCCUGGCCUCUCUCCAGGCUUACAACCUUCUCUGCAGCCAGUUCUAGUCGGUACUCAUUGCCCAGCCACCUCCCCCCCCCCCCCACACACACACACGCUCUCAUGUUAGAACUGCAAACUCAGCCACGUAUCCCAGAACUGGGUCAGAGCUAUGUCUUUUUACCACCCUGCGGUUAUCCCGUCUGCACAGUGUACACUGGCGCUGUUCUGGGAGGUGUUCAAGUGUCAGAAGUGGCCGCACGUGAGGACCGUGCAGCCCCUCCACAGCCGAGAGGGCAGCUUUCUGGAAAAGUCACACUGUGGGCAUCAGGGUACACUUUGGAGACCAGGACCCUCCCUCAUGGAGACCCUGAGCACUGACUCUUCUACCGGCACUGUGCCCAUGUUGGGUUGACAGCUAACAUUUGGGGACCCCCUCUGAGGUCCAUGCUAAUUUCAGUAUCUCCUGAAGAAUGGAGCCCUAAAUGUGUGCUGGCCUGCAAGAAUGUUUCAGCUCUCCCUGCAGGCGGCAGAGGUCCAUCUCCACACCACCUGCCCAGGUGUGCGCUUUAUGGAGGGCAGGGCAGGGCAGAGUUUUGUCUCCUCUUUGUUGCUUGUCCUUGUUGGCUGGGUUGUGCUGAGUGUGAGGAUCCCUGCAGAAGGGGGCAGCUUUGUGGCACCUUCUUGCAGAGACCAAUCUGAGCUGUCUCGUGAAAUGUGUCCUCUGUUUCCUGAUUCAUUUCUCCUUGACUGGCCUUUUUUGUUUUUU